AUUUGAAUUUUCCCGCCGGCGCCAACAGGUAGCUGACGCGCAGUUCCAAAUGACAGUUGCGGCCGAUGCGGUACGGGUCGGCCACAGUAUCCGUUCAUUCACCUCGCACCGCCAUUAAGCGCUAUUUAUACGACGGAAUAUACACGGUCUCAGCGCCCGGCUACACAUGCGCUUAACGAAGUCGACUCGGUGUCAGAGCAUCGAUUUCAUAAAGCUUGUGCGUAUUUCGACUAUGUGCUAUGUUGUGAUAUGUUUGUAAACGAAUAAAUCGUUCGACGUAUUGAAGUGAUAAAAUAUUAUUUUUGCGAUAUAAUCAUACCUACAAUGUUGUUUUAAUACUCUGAAGUGAAAUUGAAAGAAUGUGUUUUAAACAAAAAUUAAAAGAUUUCCUCAGUGAAAUAUCAGAAAACGCCGAAUUUCCCGUUUUUAAUUACGUUUCAAGUGAAAAAUAUAGUAUUCUGGUAAAAUGUCAUGUGGAUACCGACAAAGACGCUCAAUUCUACAGCGAGUACGCUUCAGAAUGGAUAAAAAAGUUUACAAAGUUCACAAAAACUGGUUGGAUAGUUCGAGCGUGCUUCCCGCGACUGAAAAGACUAUUGUAUCGAAAAGUGUUCAUGUGCCACCACUCUAGUUUCAACAAGAGUAAAAUAUCAGAACAGGGGAGCUCCAAGGACAAACAAUGUAAGGCGAAGAUAGACUUCAAAGUAAAGUUUAUAAAUCGUAACACGAUAAGGAACGAUAAAAUGUUGAAGGCAGGUUUAAAUUUGGCCAUUUACAUCAAUUUUGUUCACACGCAUAGUAUAAGGGCGAGGGAAUCCUACAACUUUUUAAAAUGUUCGGCUGACACAGACAAGUUGUUCUUGAAAUAUUUUGCGGAAGGCCACACUGUAGCUACUGCAAAAAGCUACCAUGAACUGAUGUUACUAUCAAAUUAUGGAGCCGGCGACAUUUCUAAUGCUGAAAUAAAUCCAUCAUUACGUCACAUAUCAUACGUGUAUCACAAAAGGAAAUCGCAGGGACUGGAAUGCAAUAUUCCCGAUGUAAUGGCUGAGAAGAUGAAGUCUUUGGAAGAAUGUGGAGGAGUAAUGAGGUACACAGACGAUCAUAGCAUCACCGUUGUUAUUACACCGUUUAUGAAAAACGUCAUAUCAGGACAUGAACUUGACAGUAUAAUUAUAGACAGUACCCAUACUAGAGAAUGUGUAGCAUCGUUUUUCUUUGUACCGACCCCUUUGGGCGCGUUACCCAUCGCCUGUACAUUACACUCACAGAUAUCGGAGCCCAGUUUCAGUCAAGCUUUCUUUUCUACUAAACUGUUAUUAGAAAACCAAACGCUAAAAAGUUUUGAACCACGUAAGAUCAUGAUUAAUCAGAUUGAUGAACAAAAUCAUGCUCUAGACGCCAUUUUUUCUAAUACAACCAUAUUAGUAUCGAAGACGUCUUUAGUCGAAGAUAUAUGGAAGACUCUUUGUGCAGAAGAAGUAAAAUAUGACGUGAAACAACGACAAAAAGUUAUGGAGUUAUACUAUUCAUUGCUACAUGCAGCGACUUUAGAAAACGCUGAAUCAUUUUAUCAAGAACUUGAGACUAAUAAAAUAGUACAAUCAAUAACAAAACUGAAACAAUAUUUAUUCGACAUAUGGUUAAGAAGAGAAGAAUACAUAACACCAAACAGAAUAAUAGAUAUAUCAUUACGAACGUUGAAACAGUUCAUAGUAUACAGAUGCAAGUCCUACACCAGCUUAGCCAUGAUAGAUGUGUUGACGAACAUUUUAGACAAACAUUGGUGUCAAAUAUUACACGCACAUUUGUCGAACAAACUGGUCAUGGAAAUGUACACAAAAUAUUUGCCAAAGGAUAAGAAUUUGAUGAAAAAUUUGGAAGGAGAUAGAAAAUUAAAGCGAAAAAUUGGUUAUUUGGAUUUUGGAGCGCAAACGUUAUGUUGUGAUUGUAUAAAAGGGAAGAAAGGAAUGCUAUGUGAACAUCUAUGUGCUAUAUUACACACGGUAACCAUAUCUACAUCACUGCCAGAUGAGAAAAGAGCAUUUUAUACUGCUCUAGCUGGAGACCAAGAAGUCAAAAUAGAACUAGUAACAGAACCCCAAGACUACGAAGAACAAUACCAUCAAAACCACUAUGAAGAAACUCAAGGAUCUACAUCAGACAAUGAACAAACUUUCCGAAUUAAACAAGAAAUAGAACACAUAGACCCUUUGGACAUAAUAAUUGAAGACAAUAAUACGAGACAUAAUUCUGUAGAAAUUGACACAAAUAUGAUAAAAAAGAGUUAUGUCAAUGGCCUUAGGGCUCUAAAUGAUGAAUUCAGAAGACUAAACAAGUUAUUUAGGGAUAAUCCUAACGCAUCUAAUUUGGAGACUAUGGGUCGUUUAGCUAGGGAAUUGGGUAAGAUAAGGCCGGUAGAGAAAGUAAAUAUAUCCAAUAUGUGUAUAGAAUUAACAGAUGCAGUGGAAAUGGAUUGUGAUUAGGUUCUAAUUCUGUAAUAUUAUACUAAAUACAUAGUUCCUAAAUUAUUGUUUUAUUAACAU